AGUUGGCUCGAAUGAAAGGCUCGGAUGGAGCACAACACGGGUGCUAUGCAUUCCCCGCACAGCACCAUCCCCGUUUUCACUAGCAAAUGAUCCUGGUCCUCUUGUUCCUUGGAGCUUCAUGACGUGGCAAUCAUCCAUAGACGAAGUAGCGACCUCGAAGACGUAGCGGCACACCUUAUAAUUAUUUCUUAAACCCUUCUCGUAACCAAAAAACUCACUCUUCGCUCUCCUCUCUCUCUCUCUCUCUCUCUCUCUCCGAUCAAGAAUGGCUUUCGGACGAUUACAUACAAUUCGUAGCCUAUAUCGAACGGCUGAAGUUCGACAAUUUUCUUCCUUGCUUGGAAGCUUAAGGAGCUAUUCAAAUGUCAUUGUGAAUGUUCCAGAAACUAAUUUUCGGGGCAUUUCUUCUGUCUCGUAUGAGUGCAAUCAUGAUCUUGCUUGGACUUCCAGAAAGUCAAAGACACUUCGUUCUAUGAUGGAGAUCAGUAACAACACAAGCAAAAGCCCCUCCUCAAGCGCGACAGACAGGGUCGUUUAAAGUGUCCAUGACAAGUCCUGGAAUCAUCUAUGAGCCGUACGCACCUCGUGAACCAAUUUCUUUCUGGCGGAGAUUUUAUCCUCUAGUUUUGACUUAUGCUGCUAUCAGAUGGUUCACAAGAAGCGGUUGGAGAAGAACAAAGGAGGAUGUUCUUUUAGAGCUCAGAAGUGCUUAUGCAAUUACUAAACUACGGAAAUCUGGAUAUUCAAAACAGAAGUUCUACAAUGAAGCCUUGGCUUUGUACAAAGAGAUAAACACCCAAAUUGCAACAGGUGACAAAACAUCAUUGAGGAAAGCAGUGACAGAGAACAUGUACUCUGGCCUCAAGAAUGAAAUCAAACAAAGGGAAUCGAGAUGGAGUACACUAUACUGGGAACUAGUAGAACCUGUUGUCAAGAUAAGAACUCUACGUGCUCGCAUGAUCGGCAUUGAUCGAAAUGACGUCAACAAAGUGUUUAUACAGCUUACACUUGAGUUUCUGACCAAGCAGAAGUUUGAGGCAUAUGAUUCAAAAGGUGCUAUUGUUGCUGGAGAUAAAAACAAGGAGGUUCUUGUCCGGGAUAUAUGGGUUUUUGAGAAAUCUCUCUUCCACACUGGAGCUUACUGGCGUCUUUGUGGACGGAUUAAACCAUAGCCGACUAUCCUUCGACCAGAAUGUGAUCAAUUGGUGUUGAUGACAAAUAUAUGCUGCUCCUAGUUUCAAGAGUUCAGUAGAUCGAUCAUUUUCGGCAUUUCAUUUACUUGAAAGUGACUUUUUGUAACCUGAUGUGUAGGGAAUAAAGAUGGAAUAGGAAUGGGGUCCGUUACAGCCUAUUCCUUGUAUUCCUUUUUACCCUUUCGGUUCCUUUUUCAUUGCCGAGGAUGAUGCUGGCGAAAUCCACAGAGGUGAUUGUAUUCCAAUAUGAGAAUAGCGGCGAAAUUGGGCAAUCAUAGCCCACCCUUUGGUUCCUUUUUCAUUGCUGAGGAUGAUGCUGGCGUAAUCUACAGAGGUGAUUGUGUUCCAAUGGGAAUAGCGGCGAAAUUGGGCAAUCACAGCCCAAACUCUCUGUCUGUUUUAAGAUCUUGUUCUGGAUCAAAGUCGGUUCAGGUUUUGGGUUUUCUGAGAAUCCUAAACAGUACUAGGAAUCACAUUUCACAUUUUCUCAAAUAACUGCUACGAAUUUGUCUUUUCGGGAUAAAUACUUGCCAUGAAACUGUAACUACCUUUUACCAGAUGAGUUGAGGGUAUAAUAUGCCCCUCGAAAUAAAGAGUAAUCUAAAAAGACAUGAUCUGUCCGGUGGUUGUAAAGACUGACUUCGGUUGUGAGUGCACAUUUCGAUGUCUUUAA